AUGUCGAGGCUGGCUAAGUGGGUGGCUUCAGCGGCUCCGAAGUAUGUUACACUUACCUACCGUUACGGAAUGGAAAAGGGCCUUCCAGCACUUAUUAAAUUUUCCAAAUAUGCCAAAGUAGAAUUGAGGCCACCAACGGUGUCCGAACUUACGCCAGCACUUGAAGAAGGCAGAUCCAUUAUCAACUUUUUCAGAUCCGGUGCAUGGAAGCAAAAAACCGUCAAGGAUUUCGCUCUGGAUACCGCCGUUGCGAUCGAGGUGUUAAUGUGGUUCUUUGUCGGAGAAAUAAUCGGUCGAAGAAGUCUGAUUGGAUACAAGAAAGUGAAGGGGGCCUAUAUUGUGUCGCAUUAA